CUUUCUUAAUUUUUUUGGUUGUAUUUAUUAGAUGCAAAAUCACAUAGCGAAUGUAACGGAAUUAGGUGAAAAUGAAGAAAAAGCAUCUCCGGCUCUUUUCCCCAACAUGGAUAAACAGAGCACGUCACAGAAACUAUUUAAAAAAUUUCCUAAGCAGCGAAGAAUCGGUGUCACAAAUAAUGAUGUUGUGGUGGAAGGGUUUUCAAAAAGUGACAUAAACACAAUAUCGGAUCCAAAAGCAACAAAUGGAAAAGUUGCCGCACUUAAUAAAAAUGGAGGCAACCAUCAUCAUGAACCAGGCAAAGUUCCAUCGACAACAGAUGUGAACACUGCAGACACUUUAAUAGCCAACCAUACAGAUAAUAAGUUUACUAUGGGUUUGAAUCGAAUCAGGGCAAUGUUCAAGUCAGUGAUGUGCAAAGAAAUUAUUGAAGCAGACAAUGCAAAUGAAACGAAUUCCAUAAAGUUUUCAUAUAAACUAAAGAAACGUAAUUCCGUUGAAAACUUUGCGCACAUAUCGUUGCUGUCACCAGCUUUUAUUCUUAAUCCCAACAUGCAUGGGAGUGAUACUUUAACCAGCAAAUUUGCAAAGAACUUGAAUGAUAAUCUUCAGUUAAAACUGGCAGCUGCUCAUAUUAACGAUGCAAUAAACGGUCGUGGUAGGUUUGGUGAGGCUCGUGCAACGUUUAAAUCACCAGCUAUUACCAAAUGCUUCAAAAUCAUUUCAAAUGUGUGGUGGACACGUCUCUUGUACCUAGUCAUUGCUGUUCAUUGCCUUAUGAUGCUAUGGGAGCAACCUUUCAUUCCCGCAACCAUUGGAUAUAAGUGGCAAACAUCAGUAAAUCCAGCCAUACCUUGCAUAGAUGCACUUUGUUUAUUGGUUUAUAUUGUUGAUCUUGUUGUUCAUAUCAAAUUUCUAACUUGGAGAAAUAUCUGGUCAGCCAAAGAAAAUUUCUGGAUACGUGUUGAGCUGGUGUUUACUUUCUUAUUUCUUACUGAUCUUGUAGUGUUAAUAAUUGAGGUGGCAACACAGACUCGAUUGUUGUGCCCGUUUCGAUGUCUUCGCGCAUCAAUGCUUUUGUGCAAGUCGAAGAACGUUGCUCAUAUAUUUAAUGUAUUGUUGAGUAUCAUUAGUAAACUUGGAAAGGUGCUUCUUAUUAUUGCAAUAUUUAUCAUCACUUUUGCUUCAAUCGGACUCCAUGUAUUUAUGGACGAUUACCAUUCUCUCCCACAGACUUGUUCCAAUGAAACUUACAGUUGGAAUUGCACCAAUAUAUACACAGGUGCCUUUGAUCAGGUUGCCAAUGCAGCCUUGCACAUGUUUGUGCUGAUGUCCACUGAAAACUACCCAGAAUUCAUCAUUCCAGCAUUUGUUAAAAACUGGGCCAAUUUUUUUUACUUUGGUUUAUUUUUGUAUGCUGGAGUUUUCUUCUUAACUGCUAUCUUGCUUGCAAUUAUCGUGGAGAGUUACUGGGAUUAUAGCAAGCGGCAUGUUAAACAGGAAAGAAGACAGCAAAGGGAAGAAUUAGCAAAAGCCUGGAAUCUCAUGGAUCCACUUGGUAACGGACAACUUUCAGUAAAUGAUCCAAAACUAACCGAGUUAUUUCAUAUUCUAAAGCCAAAGAAUACAAGAGAAGAAAACCAAGAGUUAAUAAAUUACAUAAGCAUGUAUGGGGACGGAGUAAUUGAUUCAUAUGAUUGGACAACCAAACUUAUUGAAACACUCAGUUUUGAAUUUGAAGCUGAACUUCAUAAUAAUGAUGAUAACAGCACAGUUUGUAAUUCAAAGUUGUGUUGUUUUAUUCAAAAGAUCUGUAGAAUAAUUGUUCAUGCUCGAGCUACUUCUGUUGCAACUCUUGUUCUUAUAUUACUACACAGCAUUCUCUUCUGCUUGAUGUGGUCUGGUAUCAGUGACAAUGCGCAACUUGCUGUUCAAUCAACAAGAACAACAAUUAUAAUCAUAUUUGUGAUUGAGGCGAUAUUUCGAGUGGUAGCAGAUGGGAAAGGCUUGUGGAAUUUAUUUGAUGUACUAGAUAUCCUGAUGAUUAUAACAGCUUCAAUCGGUUGUAUUGUAUGGUAUGUUUUAUGGUACAUGGUACCACGUGCCAGCCCCAUCAACCUGGGUGCAUGUGUUGUGGUGUCAAGUGUUGCCAUUUUAAUCCGGGCAGUUUUUAACUCACAACAUGCUCGAUCAGCCGUCAUCGUGCUUCAAAAUAUUUACCCUGUGAUGUUUGACCUCAUAUUACUUGUGAUCACCAUCAUAUAUUUGUAUGCCGUUAUUGGACUUGAAAUUUUCCAGGACAAGACAUUAUAUAGAAGUGAAGCUCGUGGUUAUACCGGUAGUUACGUUGAAUAUGGUUGUGGUGUUGGGUUUGAAACAUUUGGAUGCUCGUUGCUUAUUGUAUUUCAAAUCGUGACAACAAAUGAUUGGCAUGAGAUCAUGUUAGGAGCAAUGAACGAUGCAGGUUGGCCCUCUGCAUUUUAUUUUGUUUCAUGUUAUCUUAUUGUUGACAUGAUUGUCAUGAAUUUAUUUGUUGCCAUCUCAAUUGAGGCAUAUAAGAAGUUGGCGCGUGAUAAUACACAGUUUGCUGAAGAACCAGCGAGUUUGCAACCUGAAGAACAUGACACAACAAAGGUUGAAACAUCUUUCUCAUCAGCAGCAAAAUCUACUUUGAACGAAAUAUUUGCAAGUUCACGCAAAUCGCGAGCCAGCAUUGGUUCAAAUACUUUGACUGGAUUUUCCUCAAGUCCGUAUGCAGUGAGGCGUGGCACGUUGGGUUCGCUCGCACGUAGUCCAAGUCCAAGCCCCAGGGUAUCUGAUGAUGAAACAAUGCUCAGUGUAAGAAGCCAAUCUAAUUCUCCAAGACGACCACCUGUAAGACGUGAAAAACAAGAGAAUGAAGUUGUAGAAGACAAACAAUCGACAUCGAUGGAACGACGAGAGAUGAUGUUGAAACAACGUCAUGAACAAAGAAGGAAGGAAAGAAGGAAAACCAAACAUGAGGAAGAUGAAACAAUUAAAAACCAACUUCAAAUUGAUGGAGUCGUUCGUUUGAAACGAGCUGUUCGUGUGAUCAAGAAUCAUCAUGCACGUGAUGCUCAUGAGAUGAAUCUCAAGGAAGGUGAUCUUCUCACGGUGAUGGAGGAGGUUCACGGGAUGAUGAGAGGUUCUCACGGAUGGUUUCCUUCCGAGAAUGUUAUCAACCUUAGCAAAGGAAAUGGCAACCAAGAUCAUCCUCAUGUAGUUGUCACAUCAGAUAAUGAAAUAUUAAAGAAUCCAAAAGUUAAAUUUGAAAUUGGAGAAUCAGGGAAGCGGAACCAACCUUCUCCUAAUCAUCGGAUCAGUCGGAUGCGGAGAAAGACGGAUGGAGCAGAUUGGAGGAAAAACAUUCACGGGGAGAUCACCAUGAUGAAUCCUGAUGAGCUUCGAGAUUUGAGUAAAAUUAUUCGUGGAGGAUUGGAGCGUCGUCAUCCUUCGUAUUUACACAGUGUUCCAUCUCAGCUUGCUAUCAGUGUAAAUGAGGAACUCCUAGAGGAAGAUGAAGAAACUGCACAACUUCCACAAGUCACUGUUUCCCAAGUGAAUUCUGAUAAUCCUGAAAAUGUUGAACUUUCUCCAUCGGCAGCAAAUGACACACACACCCAAACCUUGACCGUACCUGACAGAGGAAGGCCUCGUGUGAGAAAGAAGACAAAAACAACAGGUGACGGUUCCAUUCCUGACUGGAUGCAAAAAUUCGUAGAUGAAAAGAAAAUUUUUGUUGAUAAAGACGUCAAACUUGAAGAGUCUAGAAGCUCAUUGGGUGAUGUUGAACAAAAUCAAGGCAAUACAUCUGCAAAACCAAAAGAAUCUUCCGAAAAGAAAGACGGAGAAAAUGAAACUAAAGCAUCCAACAAAAUCACAAGCAGUAAACUGAAAAGGAAAAAUAAGACAAACCAGGAAAAUACGAAGAAGUCGGUACCUGGCACUCCAAGGAUAACUCGUAACAGAGUUACAAUUAAAUCACCGAAAACUAAGCGAGUUCAAACUACGCCUCAAAAAUAACAAUGCAGUCAUUUGUUUGUCAAUAUAUUUUUCAAGCUCAUUAUAGCAACACAUUUCUUCGCUUUAAAAAUUUUUUUAAUGACACAUUUAAUGCUGUUUUUUUAUUAAAAUAGAAUGUAAGUUGAGAUUCCUUAAUAUAAUUAUGUAGCAAGAAGCACCUACCUUGUAGAUAUUUAAAGGUGUUGAAAUAUUUUCUGCCUUUUGUUGGCUUUCAAUUACCUCACUUAAAUCUAUAACCAUGAAAAUAGAAAUGUUUUUUUUUCGUAUUUUAUUGCACAGGCAUCUUCAUGUCUUCAAGUAAUAUCACCUUUUAUUGCAAGUCAUAUUUUGUUAGCGUCAUCAUGUGCAAACAUAUGUAUGUGUUGUUUCAUACACAAUAAAAGUUCCAAUCAGAGUACUAAGCUGUACUUAGUAACAACCCAA